AUGGAUGUGGAAGAGAGAAUCUCAACGAAGAAAAAGAUGGAUUUGGAGGGUUUAUCAGUCAUCUGCAGCGAUCUCGGUGUUCCCGAGGAAGACGACAAUAGACGAAGAAUUGGGUACUCCAAAAGCGAUUACUGUCUUGAUAAUCUAAAAGACUUGCUGAGAUUUCUGAGACGCGACGAUCCUGAGAGCAGAGAAGUAUUCAAGCAGGUCUGUGCUUGGAAUAUAGUCUCCAAAGAUUUGAUUCCGAUCAUUGAGCAUUACCAAGAUGAACAUAACUUAGUUUUAAAUGCUGUGAAGGUGUUGGUGUUUCUCACAAUGCCUAUAGAGCCUGAUUCAGAUGAUAUUCCUCAGCAGAUAGAGUAUUUAUGGGGUUUGAAAUCUGCCAUUACUUUCAGUAACAUUGUUGCAGUGAUUGUCUCUUUGCUAGAAGCUCCCCUCGAGAACUUAGAAUCAGAUGUAUUCAAUGAGGAAGAUUGGAAAUUGGUUCAGCUUGUGCUCACUCUGUUCAAGAAUUUACUGGCUAUACAUGAUAUUUCCCCGCUUCAGAAGGCUGGAGAAUCCACUUGUUACUUUUUGUCGCUGAGGGAUCAGUUUCUUCAACUCCUGUCUCGUGAAAACGUGAUGGACAUAUUUCUAGUAAUCACUCAGACUAUUGAAGGUUCUAACAGUUUGUUGAGACAUGACAACCUACUUCUGCUGGAAAUUUAUCACUAUAUUCUUUUGGGUCAAGAUAUGGAGCUCAUUGCAAAGGCUCCGGAGAAGUUGGAUCAAGGAAAAAAUGCUUCUGUAGACAGUUUGAAGAAGUUAAUGGAGGAGGAGGAAGUAAAGAAAAAGCUUGCACGACUCCACAAUAUGAAUCAGCGUCAUUCGCAAUUUGGUGGGACGUUCACCCGCAUUACCAUGGGUGGCAGUAAAGCUGUACUAAAGGGAAUACCAUCUGCUACGGAGAGCACAACACUAAAUCCUCACAAAGGUCGUGGAGCCACAGAAAAGAUUGUCUGGGAACAUGGACCAAUGUCCGUGACAAAUGACAUUGUUUUGAAGUUGCUGCAUGAUUUUAUCAAUCAGUUUAUGUCAGGAGGAUAUAAUGUUCUGAUGCAGUCAGUAUGUGAAGAUAUAGAAAAGGAGCAUCCCUCCAUUCAAAAUAGCGACAUUGUUACUUUCUUCCAGGUUGCUCAAGCUGUCACAUCUUUCCAGUUUCACAAGUCUUUGGCGUCUAAUCAAGCAACAGGAACAGAAGAAACUUCUGAACUUUCUACCGAUCAGAAUGCAGGAGGAAACUUUUCUAAGAGUGACAUUUGUGCACCGAUUGCAGCAACAAUUAAUGACAGAAUGUUUUCGCUUGUCAUUUCAAAAUGGCGCUAUGCAUUUGAUGGUCUGAAGGAAACUAAAGAUUUUAAGUUUCUGUCUGCAGCAGGCUCUCUUUUGAAAACUAUGCUUUGCUUGUUAGAUCUGGUACUUAGAUUGCUACCUGAAGACUCUAGAGAAGCUUUUACUGUCCGCAUCUUGCUUUAUAAGUUGUUUUACGACCAAACUGAUCAAGGGAUGUGUCAGUUCAUCCUGAAUCUGGUGAGAAGUUUUGACACGCACAAGCAACCUAAAAGUGAGCUUGGAGAUCUGGUGGAAAGUAUCCAUAUAAUAGUAGGCCUUAUGGAAAACCUUCAAGGGCGUGGAACAUUGAGGGUUUCAAAAAAAUCAAGAAAAGCAAGAAAGAAAAAACCCAUGAGAAAUAAGGAGGCCACAGUGCAUGAACUGUCUGAAAAUCAUCCAAGUACAUCAAACGAAGCUAGCACCGCAAAAAGCAUACCGAUGGUUAACUCAAAAGUUUCUACUGAGGAUGGACCAAUGGAUGUUCCUCCCAAUAAUCCAGGGGAUUCCAACCUAGGGAUUGAAGCCGAUGAAACUCAACAAACACACAGCCCUAAAUCAAACCAUGUGGUCGAUGAUCUGUCUUGCGGAACUGACGAUUCUUCUGAUGGCGAAGAGCAAACUGCAACAGAUGAAGUUGAUUUUAAGGUUUCUACAUUUAUUUCUGCUUUUGCAAGCAACAGCAUCAUUCAAAACAUAUGCUGGUUGCUAAAGUUUUACAAAAGCAACCCAAAACAGACGAAUCACCACAUAAUAAGCAUUUUGCGGAGGAUUACAAAAGACUUGGAACUAUCUCCCAUGUUGUAUCAGCUGUCACUGCUAAUAACAUUCCAUAAGAUCCUUGAUGAACAGAAAGCUUGUCCUUGUAAAGACUAUGAAAACAUAGUUUCCUUCCUGACAGAGCUGGUUAGAAGUAUGUUGAAGAAAAUGAAGUCACAACCUCUUCUCUUUGUGGAAAUUCUCUUCUCAAAGAGUCGCAAAGAAUGCCAUUACAUAAAUGCUGAAUAUAUGUUGCAUGAGCUUGGCCAUCUAAGAAAAAAAAUGGGAAAUCAAGGUGUCUCAGGAACUGAGGAAAAUGUCUCGCCAACAGAGAAAGGAUGGGCCCGCAGAAACCUAGCAGAUGCUCUAGGUGAUGAUGAAUUUGAUUUGGGGAUAUCUUAUGGUCAAGGAAUUCAAAAUGAGGACAUUCACAUUGUGGAAGAUGAAUCUGCAGGACCAUCUAAAAGAAAGCGAAACCUUGUUCUUGAUGCUGACAUGGAGAUAAAAAUUAAAGAGCUAUACGAUUGGUUCAAAGAUGAUAGAGAUUGCAGCCGGCUUAUAGCCGAAACUUUGGAUCCUGAUGGUGGUAUUUCUGCUGCACAAGUAACUAACAAGCUUAAACAUCUAGGUCUAGAAACAAGGAAAAGACUUCGCCGUGGUGAUAGCUCUCUGGAAGCAAGUGAAGGCAAGAAUGGAAAUGAUGAUCCAGAUCACUUAUCAGAUAGGCAACCUUUGAAAACCAGAAAAAGAGUGAGUUCGUUUAGCAAAGAACAGGAAACACUUAUCAAGGAACUCUAUGAGAAGUUCAAGGACAAAAGACGCUGCUGUUAUUUGAUUGCCAAUGAGUUGGGCUCUGAAAAUACAUAUACCACUGCCCAAGUUUCACGUAAAUUAAAGCAACUCGGUUUACGUCUCCCUGGUGGUAAGAAGUCAGAAGCUGGCAUGACGCUGAAAGAUGACCAUGAUGAUUCUUCAGCAGAUGAACCCGACAAUGAAACAUUACUAGCAUUCAAGGACAGGAGGAGCAGAAAAACUCAGAAGACCGAGAAGCACACAAGCUCAAGCAACGAGAUUACUCCAGAAGACAACACAGAAAGGAAUGAAGCUAGUCCACAUGUACCUACCAUUGGCGAAGAUGAGGACAAUGAUCGAAACUACAUUUCCGGGAAAAGUAAAGAGUCCCCAACAGAUGUUCAUAUCAGCGACAAUGCUCCUUCUACUUCAUCUCCAGAAGAUCCAAAUCUUUCAUCAGAUCACGAACUGGAGGAAGAUGAGUUGGCAGAUUCUGGUGAUGACGCCGCAACUAUUACUGCGUCCCUCACUCAAAGUCCGCUUAGCAGAAGGAAACUGAAGAUGGUACUUGACGUGGACGAUGAUGAGGAUGACUGA